AUGCACGUGCGCUCGCUGCGCGCCGCGGCGCCGCACAGCUUCGUGGCGCUCUGGGCGCCCCUGCUCCUGCUGCGCUCAGCCCUGGCCGACUUCAGCCUGGACAACGAGGUGCACUCGAGCUUCAUCCACCGGCGCCUCCGCAGCCAGGAGCGGCGGGAGAUGCAGCGCGAGAUCCUCUCUAUCUUGGGCUUGCCCCAUCGCCCGCGCCCCCACCUCCAGGGCAAGCACAACUCGGCGCCCAUGUUCAUGCUGGACCUGUACAAUGCCAUGGCGGUGGAGGAGGGCGGCGGGCCCGACGGCCAGGGCUUCUCCUACCCCUACAAGGCCGUCUUCAGUACCCAGGGCCCCCCUCUGGCCAGCCUGCAAGAUAGCCACUUCCUCACCGACGCCGACAUGGUCAUGAGCUUCGUCAACCUCGUGGAGCACGACAAAGAGUUCUUCUACCCGCGCUACCACCAUCGCGAGUUCCGCUUUGAUCUUUCCAAGAUCCCGGAAGGAGAAGCUGUGACCGCAGCCGAAUUCCGGAUCUACAAGGACUACAUUCGGGAGCGCUUCGACAACGAGACGUUCCGGAUCAGCGUUUACCAGGUGCUGCAGGAGCACUUGGGCAGGGAGUCAGACCUGUUCCUGCUGGACAGCCGCACCCUCUGGGCCUCGGAGGAGGGCUGGCUGGUGUUCGACAUCACUGCCACCAGCAACCACUGGGUGGUCAACCCACGGCACAAUCUGGGCCUGCAGCUCUGCGUGGAGACCUUGGACGGGCAGAGCAUCAACCCCAAGUUGGCAGGCCUGAUCGGGCGGCACGGACCCCAGAACAAGCAGCCCUUCAUGGUGGCCUUCUUCAAGGCCACGGAGGUCCACCUUCGCAGCACCCGCUCCACGGGGGGCAAGCAGCGCAGCCAGAACCGCUCCAAGACUCCCAAGAACCAGGAAGCCCUGCGGGUGGCCAACGUGGCAGAAAACAGCAGCGGCGACCAGAGGCAGGCCUGCAAGAAGCACGAGCUGUACGUCAGCUUCCGCGAUCUGGGCUGGCAGGACUGGAUCAUCGCUCCUGAAGGCUAUGCUGCUUACUACUGUGAGGGCGAGUGUGCCUUUCCUCUGAACUCCUACAUGAACGCCACCAACCAUGCCAUCGUGCAGACACUGGUCCAUUUCAUCAACCCCGAAACGGUGCCCAAGCCCUGCUGUGCCCCUACUCAGCUCAACGCCAUCUCUGUCCUCUACUUUGACGACAGCUCCAACGUCAUCCUGAAGAAAUACAGAAACAUGGUCGUCCGAGCCUGUGGCUGCCACUAGCGCCUCCUGGAGGUCAGACCCUCUGGCGCCACACUGUUCGGGGUCCUCGGUCUCCCACCGCCCAGUGCCUGCCACCGCCCAGCACAGCAACUGCCUUUCGUGAGACCUGCCCUGCCCCUGUCCCCAACCUUAAGGGCGUAGGAGGAUUAAGGAAUUUGAGAGGCAAAUGCCUUUUGAUCAGGUUUUCAUCCGCCUCCUAUGGACAAGAUCCUACACGCUGCGGCAGGCAAAACCUAAAGGAAAAAAAAAAUAUAAAGAAAAAUUGCCCAGCCACGAUCAUUGGCUAUGAAGUCUCAGCCGUGCACUGACUCGUUCCCAGGGGUAAUUAGGAGCACCCUUCAGCCAGGCCACCCAGCAGUGGGAGGAAGGGGGCACGGCCAGGGGUGGGCACGUUUGUGUCUGUGCGCAAGGAAAAUUGACACGGAAGUUCCUGUAAUAAAUGUCACAAUAAAACGAAUGAAUGAAAAUGG